AAUAUCGAUGCGUGUAGAAUCCUAAUAUAUAAUACAAACAAGCGAAUAUAUCCAACGUUGUACAAAAGAAUUCGAAAUUUUGUUUAUCAUCUUGUUCUAGACUGAAUCGGUUUUAUCAGCUACCGAAUUUCGUGAACUCUUAAUUGUGGCUCAGUGAUCUUGUCGACAUGCUGUAAAGGAAUACACUGAAUUGCAUCUUUAAAUAGAUCGUCAUCCAUUGGUUGUCAGAAGUCUCUUCCUAAAUGAAAAAGCAAUGUCCGCUUUAAUUUUUUACACUUUAUUUUAUAUCUUGAUGUCCGGAUGUAUCGUCUAUCCGCCAACGGAGUUCGUCUCGGCUGGACUGACCGUCAAAGACAUUUUCGCUGGUUGGCUCGGUAGCGAGAAUGAGUUUUUUAUACAAUAUCAUAUUAGAAGAAGCGUAGUUACGUUACUCGUACACUCCAUGCUCCCUUUAGGCUAUAUUUUAGGAUUAAUUUUCUUCGGUCAUGUAGACGCCGCGAGAUUAUUCCUGGCUGGUGGGAAUUUUUUUGGGCUAUUAGUCGUUCUUUGCUUCACGAUCGGUCCUCUUUAUAUAUUGAAUAAGGUCUUUGAAUGGUCUGCACACGAUUGGGCCACACAUCCGAUAGCGCAAAAUCUUUCUGUAUACAGUAAUAAUAAUAUGUCAUGGAUAUCAGUCGCCUCUGACAUUAAUGUAGAAUAUCGAAGAGUAGAUAAAAUUGUUAUUGUCACAAGUAGCAUAACUCGUAUUGUAGCAACAGACAAUUGGAUUAUUAAAAUUACGCCUUAUAAAUUACAAGUGGCACAUCAAAGCGAUGCAACCCUAAUUGUGAAUAAGAGCGAUACGCACUUGAUGUCACCAACAACAAGAGAUCAAGUUCAAUUUAUCAAUAUACAGGUAAAACCCACACGGGCAAUGGCAGAAGCUUUCGAUAUAAGAUUAAACGCAUUGGAUUUCAAGGAUCUACAAGAUAAAGUUUCGCGACCAAUUAUUGUACUGCAAAAUAUAACAUUCCACAGAACUUUGCUUGACAGAUUUAUCGAUACUUUCAAAGAAGAAGUUAAUAGAAAUCCAUUCUAUGAUACUGCCCAGGAAUUGGAUCAAUGUAUUGGAUGCAUGCAAACAUCCUCAAAUAUAAAAUUGAACAGAUUAUGCAGCAGCGCCGAAAAUAGAGACUCUGACGGCUGCACGACAUGUUAUUGCCGUCCAAUGUGGUGUAUAGAAUGUAUGGCAAAAUGCAGGUUUGCUUCGAGACAAGAUGAGAAUGCACCAGAAACAUGGUUGUCCUCCAAGUGUACUUGCCCUGUCUGCAGAGCAAAAUUCUGUAUCUUAGAUGUAUGUCAUGUAAGAACUUUGAAUCAUUAAUGUUUCAAUAAUAUUAUAUUGGAUUAUUUUCAUAAAGCUUUCAUGUUAUACAAUAUCUUUUUUCUUUUUGGAAAUAAUUUUCAACAGAAUAACACAUUAAAUUGGCAAUUUCCAUGUAUAUUUUAUGUAGAUAUGUAUAGAGAUUACAUCUUUUGAGACUAUUUGUAACUUUUGAGAUUCUUGUUCAUACAGUACU